GCACCAAUUCGACCGGUAAACGCGUAAUUUGUCAUUAAUAUUUUCUCAACACAAAAAUAUGUGCAGUUUUUUAUUGUAAAUAUUUUUCAAACAUGGAGCGUAAAUCGGAAAGUGAUAAAGAACUGAUUUUAACGAAAAGUGAAUUGAAGAGUUCAGACUUUGCAAGUUUGAAAACAAUUAUUUUAAGACACGCCAAUUUUGAACAAAUGGACAUUGAUAUGAACGAAGAUAUUCUUAUGGGAGCAACUUAUUUGGAUUUGUCGUAUAACGAGAAAAUUGUUUCCAUAAACCUUUCCGGAACACAACUCAUUACCUUGUACCUCAGGAACUGCUCGAGUUUGCGUGAUAUUAGAUGUAAAUUUGGUACUUGCGCUCUACAGAACCUAGACAUUGCUGGCUGUUCAAUCGACUUUGAGGAACAUUUUUUCAAAUAUGACUUCCCAAGGCUUGCAAACCUAACACUAAGUUGGCAGCCGAAUAUUAAAUGGCGAAAUUUAUUUGAUAAAUUAAAGACUCUGCAAAGACUAACUAUAGAAAAUAUUUGCUGUCGAAAUGCUCCUAUUUCAUCUGCACCUGACUGCAAUAAUGGCUGUAAAGCACUUUUGAAGGCGCUCUCUGAGCACAAAAGCGUCAAAGCUAUUACGUUUGGUGGCCUACCUAAUGAGGAUGACAUCGCUCAUUUGAGCACGUUGACUGGCAGAGAACUGGGUUUUCAUAUUAGAAACGGCGCUGCUAACUGUUUGGCCAGAUUGUGUAACCUUAAGAAUUUACACACGAUCUAUCUGGAGCAUGCCACUAAUGUCACCGAUGCAGACUUGCUGAAGUUGAUAGUAACUUGUCCAAAUUUGGCCAAAAUCACGUUGGACUAUUGUGAUGGUGUGACAGAAAAUUUCAUAUUCCAAGUAGCUGAGUUUUUGCGUGAACGCGAUAAAGAUCGCCCACUGAAAGCGCGUUUGAAUCUUGAAAUGUGCGGCUGCGCUGGCAUCAGUGAAGACAUACAGGAGCAUCCUCUAUAUGCAAAAGCUGAGUCCGCCAUGAGCCUAAUUUUAUUCUUCAAAUGUAAACAUGCAACAACCAGCUACCGAAACGACCUCAUCAUUCCUUAUCCACCACCCAACAUACAACUUAGCAUUUAUAUGCUUUUCGAGAUCUAUAGGAAGCUCAGAUGCCAGCCAUCAGCGCGCGCAUUCGCAGCUGUUUGUGAAGAUUUUGAAAAUGCGGCCAUCGAAGAGGAGCGUCAUUUAAAAAUAGUUGCGUGUUGCAAGGCGAAAAUUGUAUGCAAUGACAUAUAUAACGCCUACCUAGAGAUCACAUCUGAAAAUAAGGAUUUUUUCAAAAAUCGUCCCUGUACGAAUGCCAGGAAAAUGGAACUCAGUUGUUGUAAAGUUAUAUUUGAGUCCAUAUUUGAUGACUUUCCUAAACUAGAGCAACUGAAAUUAGUCAAUUGCUAUAUUAAAAUGGAUAAAUUCCCGAGAAGCAAGAAGUACAACAGCGUAAGAGAUUUGGAAAUUUGGCACGGGAAUCCGGUAAGCUUGUGGCGCAGAAUAGCGAUGCUCUUUCCUAAUACCACAAAAGUGAUUAUGUUUAACAAAUUGAAUAUUUUGGAGAAGAGUUUGCCGAUAUUUCCGCUAAGAAAUGUAUUCGAAAAUGUCACGAGCGUAAUUGCCUGUGGAGUUGUUUUGAAUGAUGAGGACAUCAAAUUUUUAAAGCAUCUACCAAAUUUGAAAACUUUCGAUAUUUUCAGAAACUCCGAGGUUACAGGCAAAUACAUUUCAGAGUUCCUCAGAGUGGAGCAGCUAUCCCUACAUCACUGCGAAAAUUUGAAUGAAUUUUACUUAGCUGACAUCUUGAGUUCGCUGGCCUUAAAGGCACUGGAUAUCAGAGGCAGUUCAUUGUCAUUGUUGUCGACACAUCUUAUGAAUGAAAUGUGGCUGCGUUGUGUAACUCUCACUAAACUCAAAAUGGACUGGCUGAAUGGGAAGACAAUAAAUAUACUGGAAAUUAUUCACACGUUAGCGGACAUUGAAAUGCGAAGCUAUUCCCGAGUGUUUUUUGAACAUCAACAACUCUCACAAAUGGAAAUUACGCGCUUCUUUCGUAUACUCCGUGAGCGCAGAGGCCUCAAAAGACUUACACUUGAGGCUGAGUUUUUGAGUAGGAAUCGUGAAUAUUUGGAGCUCUUGACACACUUGACCCAUCUGAGCAUCAUUGCCUACCAAGACGAUGAUAUACGCAUAACUCCCGAUUUUUAUAAAUCUAUUGGAAAACUAAUUAACUUGGAAUAUCUAUACUUGGCAAACUUUUCCUACUGCUAUGAUGGCGUGAUUCAUAUUGUGGGCGAAUGCAGAAAAAUCAAGGUGGUGCGAUUGAAGGACUGUGUGGGCUUCUCGGAUUUUGUGGCCUACGAUAUCGUUGAAGUGUUGAAGCGAAAACGUGCUAGGCAUCAGUUGCCAUUGAGCUUAUAUUUGAUUGAUUCUAGAGAAGAAUCAACAGAGCAUGCAUGCAGUGAGGACAGUUCCAGUAGCGCCAGUGAUGCAGUGCAACGGUUUGCAGACAUACAAGACUUUAUAGAAGUUAUUUUUGUGGAGGAACAACUAAUUGGACCAGAAAAAUUAAGCCCAAGCGAAAUUCUAACUGAGUUAUGAAAUACGUGGCAAAAGAGAAAUAUUCGUAAAAUAAAUACGUGCUAGAA